GAAGCAGUGAAGAUAUGAAGUGAACAGAGUUUUUGAAGAAACAGCAUCAGAUUUUCAGAUUCAAGCUACAUCAUGAAGCAGAAAUAUUUGCUCCUGUAUCUCGUUUGUUUAGUCCCAGUUGCUGUCUCAAUCCUGGAAACGGUCUCUCACAAGUAUGACCUGAUCAUGACACUGCAGUCAUGGCCAGAUGCACAGAAUUACUGCAGAUUGAUGCACACUGACCUGGCCACAGUCAUAAGUGAUACUGAUUGGCUAAGACUGAAGAAUGAAGCAGCAAGCAAAGGUCUGGCAACAUCUGCCUGGGUCGGAUUGUAUGAUGAUUUUACUAGCUGGCGCUGGUCCUUAAACGAGCUCCCACUGAAGAAUGUCCCUUUUACUGGUUGGAAAUCUGGACAGCCUAAUAACGCUCUGGGGAUAGAAGCAUGUGUUAUGAUAAAUGCAUAUGCUAUUUGGCUUGAUACAUCAUGUCAAUUUCUAAGACCCUUCAUAUGCUACGAUGCUAAUUACAGUGGUGCUGACAAGUUCAUCGGAUUCAAAAGUCCAGUGACUUGGCCUGAAGCUCAGGCUUACUGCCGAACACAUCACACAGACUUGGCCAGCUGCGUUAACAGCUCAGACCAAAGCAUGUUAGCGCAGGUGAGCAGUAGUCAGGGUGAUUCCUGGAUUGGGUUAUAUAGAGAAACUUGGAAGUGGUCAGACGGAACCAACACUUCAAACCUCCCAUGGGCUCCUGGACAACCGGAUAAUGCUGAGAGAAUUAUGGGAAGUUGUGCAUCAGUUAAUAACGGACUUUUCAGUGAUGAACCCUGCACCAACCUGCACUAUUUCUUCUGUCACACCAUUCCACCAGUGAGGAGCCAGAUAAUGAGACUGCAGGUGAAGUCGGAUGGGAGUGUGUUUGAUCCUGCUGUGCAGUCAUUUAUUUUAGAGCUGAUCAAUCAGAAACUUGAAGAAAAGGGCAUGUUGGAGAACAUCACAGUGACCUGGAGGGUGCAGCCGGAUGGAAACAUCUUUCACAAGAAAAAAAGGAUGAUCUGUAAUGUCUAAAUGCUCACUCUGUAUUUAACAUACAGUCAGGUCCAUAAGUUUUUGGACAGUGACACAGGUUUUAUAAUUUUUCAUCUGUACAAUACUGUGGAUUUGAAAUGAAGCAAUCAAGAUGACAAAAAUAUGCAUUAAUGUAUUUAGCAUUUAGGAAUUACAGCCAUUUUUUACAGUGUCCCUCCAUUUUCACAGGCUCAAAAGUAAUUGGAUAAUUGACUGAUAUGCAGGUUAAUGGCCAGGUGUGGCCUGUUCCCUCAUUAUCUCAUGGCAAUUUAAGGAUAUAUUUAAGGUCUGCAGUUGAUUCUGAGUGUUGGAUUUGCAUUUGGUAGCUGUUCUUGACAUUUUGAGUCUGUGAAAAUGGAGGGACUCUAAAAAAGGGCUUUAAUUCCUAAACAGUUAAUGCAAUAUUUUUGUUAACCCCUUGAGUUAAAGCUGAAAGUCUACACCUCAAUCACAUCUUGAUUGCUUCAUUGCAAAUCCACUGUGGUGGAGUAAAGAGUGGUGGAAAAAUUAUGAAAUUUCUGUCACUGUCCAAAUAGUUAUGGACCUGACUGUAUACUAUUUUCCCUAAAGCUUAAAUAAUGUCAUCUACAAUCAAACUGCAAUCUUAAUGAAACUAGUAAAAAUACUGAUCACAUUCAAAACAUUUUUACAUUUUAAUGUGGUGUCAAUUUUCAUGUCUUUCAUCUAUAUGAAUAGAUCAAAUGAAUAGAUGGAUUAUACAUUACUAUGUUAUUGUGCUGUGAUGUUUAAGGUGUCUGUAGAAUCUUUUUUUUAGACUGCAAGUGAGACCUGUAGAUUGUGAGAACCAAACAAAGCAGUAAACAUCAUAUUCUGUUCAAUUAUUAAUCACUCCUUUAAGUAUUGUGUGCUAAAAGGUAAUAUUCAGUAGCUUUUACUGUCUAUAAUAUUAUACUAUCGAUAAUAUAACUGAAUAAACUUAUAAACUUAUGAUUUCAGUUAGGAAAUGUAAUCCAGUCUGUCUGUGGUGAAUGCGCAUCAGCACCAUUUUCAUACUUCCUGUGCAGUAAAGCCUUUGUCCA